GGAAAUAUUCAAUAUAUGUGUACAGCUAGAAAAUACGGGUGAGGUCCCAAAUCCAUGCUUUACAUUGGAAUUCACAAAGGAAACUGACUUUUUAAUUGGAGAAUUCUGUCAAGUGGUAAGUGAAAGAUGAUCAUUAUAAAUAAAGAGGAGGCAUUGAUGCCAUGGAAGGCUUACAGGAGAAUGUCCCUAAGGGUGGGUUGGAAUUUAUCUAGGCUGCUGCAGAAGACAACGAAAAAGAUUGCAGGUGUCCUUGCUGAGAUUUUUAUAUAUUUGCUAAACUUGAGUUAGGUACCAGAUGAGUGUAAGCCCGUAAAUAUGGUCCUAUUUUUCAAGAAAGGCUGCAGGAAAUGAUCUGGGAGCCUAAGAUCAUUGAUAAUGAAGAUACUGGGGGGAAAAAAAUCAGAAGGAGGGUAUAAUGAUCACUUGGAAAGGCAGGGACUAAUCGGAGAUGGCCAACUUGGCUUUGUCAAGGGCAGAUCUGAUCUUGGAACAGGUGAUAGUGUAUUGAUGAGGGCAGGACAGUAGAUGUGAUUUAAGUAGACUUUGUUAACGCCUUUGACAAGAUCCCCCGUGGGAGACAAAGGAUUCAAAGGGUUGAAGCCCAUAGGAUCCCUAGCAAGUUGGCAAACUGGACCCAACAUUGGCUUAGCAAUAGGAGACGGAGGGUGAUAGUAGAGGGUUAUUUUUGUGACAAGAUAGCUGUGACUAAUGGUCACGGUGACAGUGCUGGGCCCCUUGUUUGUAAUGGACACGAAUGACUUGGAUGUAGUUGUGAAAGGCAAGUUAGCAAAUGACAUGGAGAUUGGCAGAGUUGUUGAUAGUGUGGAAAGUAGACUUAGGACUGCAGAGAGUUAUCAAUGUUUAGGUGACAUGGGCUGAAAAGAGGAGUCUUGAGUUGGGCAUUGAAUGCAGGAAUAGUGAAAUAAUGCUCCAACUUUAUAAAGGUUAGAGUGCUGGUCUCCACGGAUUGGAAAGGAUGUGAUGGUGCGAGAGAGAGUGCAGAGGAAAUUAUCCAGUAUGUUGCCUGGGAUGGAGCAGUUAUGAGGACUGGACAUGCUGUGUCUUUUCUCUCAGUGAGGAGUUAAGGAGGGGAUGGGAUUUAUAAGCAGCAUGGAUAGGGUAGACUGCAGGAAACUCCUGCAGCUGGAUUGCUAACAACAUUUAAGAAGCGUCCAGAUGAACACUUGAAUUACUUUUGCAAAGGGGUCUAUGAAUCAAGUACUGAGCAAUGGGGUUAAUACAGAAGGGAGUCCACUGAUUGAUAUGGAAGUGCUGGGCCAAAUGCCUUUUUUUCCGUGCCACAUGAUUCUACGCAAGAGGUUUGAGCUGAUACUAAAGAACUGGCAUCUGCCUCUGUUUGGUAAAAGUCUGCUUGACAAUGGCAGUGUUUGACUUUGCCCUUGGGGAAAGUAUUACAAGUCCAGAGGUCAUAGAUUGAUGUAAGUGGUUUGAAUGUGAAUAAUCAAACCUCGAUGGAUGGUAACCCUAUAAUAAUUUUUGUUGUCACGAGACAGUGGAUGUUCAUGGCAACUCUCCUCGUGUCACAUGGACCAGGAAAAUGAGCCAGGCCUCAUGAAUAGACUUUAAUUUGAUGCGGCUUGUAACUGGCCCAGGGGAGAAAAUCAAUGGAAACAUUUUACAUCUUAAUUCCCAAGAUUGGAUUAUUUGACCAAGAGUCUGAUCGUCUCACUCUUCUCCUUUGCUGCCCUCUCUCACUUCUGAACAAUAGGGCCGAAAACCGGUGAGAAUAAUUGGUAUUGGUUAAUUAUUGUCACGUUUGAACGGUUUGCGUGCUGUCUGGGCAAAUCAUACUGUUCACAAAUACAUAAUGAAUGCAAAAGACAAAGUAAACAGAGUGCAGAAUAUCCUGUUACAAUGUCAGAGAAAGUGCAGAAUUUUAAAAUUGCACAGUUCCCAAUGAGGUAGAUAGGAAGAUUGGAAAUUGAUCUUCAGCUGAUGAGUCUGUACAAGUCUGAUAAUGAGGGGGAAGGGGGUGGAAGCUGUUUUUGAAUCUGGGGCUUGUGAAUCUUUUAAUUAAAUACUUGUAGAUGGAAGAAUGAAGAAAAUACUGCAUGUUGUGAUUUUUAAAAUCAUCAAUUGAGAAUGAUGGACAGACUCUGCAUGUCAGGCAGAACAUGGACAGGCACGUUUCAGGUGGAGACAUAUCAGACCACGUUUCCUGUCUAUAUUCUCCAGAGAUGCUGCCCCACCUGCUGAGUUACUCCAGCACUUUGUGUCCUUUUAUGUAUUAACCAGCAUCUGCAAAUCCUUGUUUCUACAGGAUGGAUAGAGAUCUGUUUUACAUCUCCACUGAUUGUUACAUCUCCACUGCCUUGUUACUUUCCACAAACUGCAUUAGGCUGAAGUGCAUUCAUGAGGCCUGACCCAUUUUCCAUGGGAAAUAACAUGAAGAGAGGGGCUGAACACUUCCAUUACUUCUUGACCUCAAAAGCCAAUUACUACUUCAGUUAAGAUAUUCACUUGGAAGGGUAGAAUAUAUGUUUCCUAGCUCUUUGUAAAAUGCAUCGUUAUGUAAGAUGCAAAACCAAACCCCAAUCAAAUAUAUUUUCAAGUGCAAUCUGUACCCAAUGUAUUUUAAAUUGCUUCUCAGACGUGUACUGAAACAGAAGGUUUUAUGAUGAACGUUGAGGUCGUUUAUUUGUGAGGCUAGAUUAUUAAUAGUCCAGCUCAAGGGCUCUGAAAUCUUGACCAGUGAAGCAAGCCAUAUUGUGGGCUCUGACUGUGGCCAUCGCUGCCGGCUCUGAUUUGUUCUGGACUUCCAGUUCCCCUCUCCCCUGACUCUCAGUCUGAAGAAGGGUCUCGACCCGAAUCAUCACCUAUUUAUUCCUUUUCUCCAGAGAUGUCGAUGACCCGCCGAGUUACUCCAGCAUUUUGUACCUAUCUUCGAUAUUAAACUACAGAUGAUGCUACUGGCAUAGCUUGCGUAGUACAGCACCUCUAAUGCUCGUUAAUUUAAAACAAUUAAGAUAUGCUCCAAGCUAAAAUGCUAAUUUGAGUUGCCACGCCGCACGGUGGUAUUUGACUCGAGCUGACACGGUGAAUGUCUAUCAACGCAGCAAUGAUUUUUAAAUGCUGUAUUUUAUAUUUCUAUUCGCGGCCACGGUGUAAAUAAAUACUCAUCACGUUUUACCCGGUGGGGUUGGUGUAGUCUCAUGUGCUCUGCAGAAACCCACCGACCGACCGACCUUAUUUGUGACAUGCCGCAGCCGGCCGCUGCUAGUGCUGAGACUGCGGUAACGCUCAACAUUGAGUUCGCAGAUGAACUGGACGCGAGUGCGUUGCACUGACUGCUCGCUGCCUGGGCGUGGUUUGUCGCAGGUUGAGAGGAUUUUAUCUGUUGCUGACAGAAUAUAAGACGGAUUGUGUCGGGAGGAGCAGUGCGCCGAGCCACCCGUUGUGUAUCUGUUGCCCGUGGGUAAAUACUCCGGCUAUCUCGCCCUGCCGUGGACAUUGGACAGCCAGCCGGUGGGUGAGAUGCCGAGUUGAAGGAUACUGCUUGUAAAGAGCGCCGCGCUUCAAGCUACUGUAACAGUGCGCUGAUGGUACUUUGUGGAGGCGUGCAGUUGCCCAUAGAGCCAAGGUGAUCCCCGGCACUGUGGCCACAGGGGGAGAGUGGCCACCGCUAUGGUGACACUGACAGAGGCUGGAUGUGGCCGAGACGCUGCCUGAACAUGGCCCGCUGUGUGGAGAAGGCAUUGGCGUGUGGAGAGCUGCAACUUUCCCCGUCCGCUCUGCUCGAUUGCGGCUGUGUGUUUUAGGCUGCUGCUGCUGCCUGCAAUCUGAUGCCUGCACAAUGGGAACCACUUUGGGAUGCGUCCGAAAGCAGCGAGAGGCUGCGGGAACGGAUGGGAAACAAACCCCCCUCACGCCGCGGCGAAGAAAAAUCAAAUUUAAACGCUUCAGAAGAAACAGGAAAAGAGACGGUGAGAGGGGAGAGGCGAAGGGGGAGCAGCCCGGUGAAUCAGUGCCAUCGGCAGCAGUGCCGCUGGAAGCUGGUGAGACGCGUCUUCCCAGCGCUGUAACUGCAGGGAAAUUAACACCGGGCUCCGGCUCCGACCCCCGCCCCACUCCUGGAGACACGGCCCGCUCUCCCAGCCCGCCACCGGAGUUACACAAACCGGCACGUCUCAGACAUUUAUCACACCUUCCUUCUCCAACAGAUAAAUCAAUAGACCUGAAUGCCGAAGCCGGUGGCGAAGGCACGCAGCAGGUGCUAUCAGCCAAACCAGCGACUACAUUUGCAAAGGAUAUAUUAUUACAUGAUCAAAUCCCAGCACCGGGGGAGGACUCUGAUGUGAAAGGAGAUUUGAUUUUCCCAAUCCCAGUGUCUGGAGAAGAGAACCGAACUCAGAGCCUGGAAGGAGAUACACGAGUAAGGAAUAAGAUAAUUCCCAAUACCCCUGACUUCGCUGCCUUUGAUUGUAAUGACACAGAAGAUGGUCUCGAAAGUCCCACGUUAUCCCGAGAGACGCUCAAACAGCGCCUGCAGCUUGACUGGGAGGGGAACAACGCAAGUGGAGUUGACAAGUUGCUGAAAACUGUACACGGCGAACGCGUACAUGCCAAGAACGGCCAGCCAACAGUGCACAGGGGAAAUGGUGCUCUUGAAGAGGGAGCACAGUUUGUGAGACUGAAGAGAGACUUCACCGUGGAGCCACAGACCUGUACCACUCUCUUCUCCUCUGGUUAUGGCAGCAAUCUGGCGACUGCCGAAAUAAAUGAGAGUGAAUCUGGAAGAACAAGCAGCAGAGAUUUCGAGUCUUCCUCCAUACCGGAUGGAGACAUUCUGUCUCUUUCAGAAAAUGAAUUGGGAUUUUCCACUGGUAAUGAAUGUGAUGAUAUCAGUUUAGGCCAGAUUGAGCAUCUGAGCCAGGAAAUGGUCAGUGGAAGCUUUCUUGAUAUUAUGAAGAAACAUAACUGAUUAUUUACUUAUUUUCUCUUACACAUUUUGAAUGUUCAAUGAUCCAUGCUUUAUUUUAAAUUGCUGCUUGAACCUUCUUAACCAACCUUCCAUGAGGAACCUUGUCAAAGGCCUUACUAAAAUCCAUAUAGACAACAUCCACUGCUUUACCCUCGUCAAUUUCCCUAGUAACCUCUUCAAAAAAUUCAAGAAGAUUAGUCAAACAUGACCUUCCAGGCACAAAUCCAUGCUGAC